AUGGUAACGGCUCGCCCCCAAUGCGACUCGCUCCGUAAGGAGUGCACCGAGCUCCACGCCCGUUGCGUGCGGCUGGAGGGACACCUCGCCGACGUCACCCCACCGGCAGCUGUCGAAAAUGGCAGCACAGACGCGGAGGGUCGCGAGGAGUCGCCGAGUACUCCAAACCACGAGCGCCCGGGACGGAUCGACCGCAAAGCUGCGAGGGCAGCCGCCCGAGCUGCCGCCGCCGUCAACAUUGCCGCCCAAGAAGCUGAUGCUGCUAUCGCCGACACCGCGGGAGUCCUCGCUAGCGAGGCACCCGAUUUGGCCGAGUCGGGCAGCACUCCUAGUGGCGGCGAUGCUCCUAUUCGGGAUCUCGUCUCUUCGAGCGACGACCACUGCUCGUCAAGCCCUAUGUGGUCAUCGGCGAAGCUCAACGCGGCCACACAUUCUUUCCCCGCGGAUGUUCACAUCCCGGGAGAAUUGUCGUGGCCGGUCAGCAACAAGAGCGAGUAUUUCCGGGCAGUGACGGUGGAACUCCCGCUACCGGCUAAGCAGGCAUCCGAUAUGGUUCACGUCAUAACCGCGUCGCCUCACCGCGGCGCUGACGCCUGGGCAAGCCAGCUGUCACCAGAGACCCGCUUUUAUGGUACUACGCUGCUGGUUGUGCUGGUAGCGGGGGUAGUUGGCGCGUAG